ACGAGUGAAGUUGACUCAUCGCGCUUUAAUAACUGACAUCACUGGGGAGACGCCUCAGAAGCCAGACUUUGAAAAACACGGAGCAAUCUGUAAAAGCUCACUGUCACAGGCUGAGCUUGAAGUUGGAGUCUUCCCUCUCCAUCGUCAAACGCUUGUAGUUUGAAGAAGUUUCGUGUGAGACAAGUACAGACAGACCUUUUAUCGUGAUGCUUGUGCUUCUGGGAUUCAUUCUUGUCUUUCACCUAGCCACAGCUGCCUUGCUGUUCAUUGCCACGAUAAAUAAUGCCUGGUGGCGAAAUGAUUUACUCAGCACCGAUAUAUGGAUGACCUGCUUUUCGAAUGGUUCUCAUUGUGUGAGCGAACUUGUUGAGAAAUAUGGAGACUGCAUCAAGGCAAUACAGGCGACCAUGUGUCUGUCAGUGAUCUUUUGCUGCAUUUCCUUCAUUGUGUUUGUUGUUCAACUGUUCCGACUACAGAAGGGACAGAGGUUUUACAUUGCUGGAACCCUGCAACUGCUUUCUAGUCUCUGUGUAAUGAUUGCAGCCUCCAUCUAUACAAACCAGCAAGAAAACUUCCAUACUUACUUUACCCCAAAUUCAGGAAAUUACGGAUACUCUUACAUUCUAGCUUGGAUUGCUUUUGCGUUCACUCUGAUCAGCGGUGUGAUGUAUAUUGUUUUACGGAAACGUAAAUAAGAGGUUUUCCUUGUUCUAAAUCCUCCUGUGUACAUCACUACAGAAAUGACUUCUGGAUGAUAGCAUCAGUCCCUUGCAAACAAAGCCCAUCUGUACAGUGACUGUCAGAUUAAGGAAACCCCAAAUAAUAGUUAAUUCCACACUUUCGAACCCUUAUUAAUUGCAAAUUCUCAACCUGUUUGCCAUAGUAUUUACAAAAAUCAAAAUCCACAUUUGUCAACAAGUUACAGCUGCAAGUUUUCUUUUGUCAGUGAUGAGCAGUUUUUGCAUUAUUAUCCUAUGUUCAUUCAUCUUGUUUGUUCAUGUUCAUAGAGCAGCUGGUUUAAGCACUUCAGUCUCCACAAACUAGCUAGUUUAGUUUUUAAACUGGUGAUUUUUUUUUUUAAAAAACCCUGUCUCGAAUUAAGCCUUUCCCAAAGUUGGUCUGUUUUUAAUCUAUGAUCCCAUUUAGUUCUCAAAAAUGUGACAUUUUUCACGCAUAAAUUCUUUAAAAUGACAUGUUACAAAAUGAAUUAAGUUAUCCUGAAAAGUGUCGCCAAGACGGAAUAUGAUCCUUUUCAGAGGUACGUUAUUGCUUUUUUAUAAACCCAAGAACUGUACCAUAUGGUAUCCACUGGGACAGUGUAUUUUCUUCAAUGUUGCAUUAAAUGUGUAAAAACGUAGCAGUUUUGUAAAAAAACAAAUUCAAAAGAAACAUCUGAUACUUUUUUGUACAGUUAGUGAAUUAUGUGGAUUUGGUUCCUUUUUUAAAAAAAAAUUCAAACAAAAAUAAUUUUGAAAACUACAAUGUUUAAAGAAGGUGCCACUUUUAAAAAAUUGAAUGAAUGUUUGUUCGUUCAUAGAAGCUCAUAAACAGUACAGUGCCAAACCUACAUAUGUCAAGAGCAGCAUAUUUACCAUCUCAUCAAACUGGAUCUAAUAAUAUGUGCCUCCAUUAGAUACUGACAUUGUUGUUUAAAAAACAAUACACUGCAUAUAAUACGAUUCAAAUAUGAUCUAAUUUUUGGAUUAGACUAAAUUAUUCAGAUUUUAAUUAUUUUCUUUCACCCAAGAAUCAAAAGUUAAACUGUUAUCCUCCAAGAACUAUUCAAUUUGCCUUUUUGCUCUUGAAUCUGGACAAUAUUUAAAAUCUAAAACAAAUGCCUCGGAGUCUACAAUGUUGAAAACCAAAUAAAAUUGAUGUCUGGGUCUGUUUGUACUUUUUUAUUCAUUAAUAUAAUACAAGCCAUCUGCUGCAGUGUAAAUUGCUGGAAACAGGCAUUUGCUAUUCUGAGUACUAUUUCAUUCUAAAACAGAACAAUUGAUUUAAAAAGUUGUCUUCAGAUCAAACUUUUGGUUUUGAUAUAAGUAGGUGCCUUUUUUUUUGUUGCCAAUAAGCAUGAUUGGAACUCUUUGUAACCCUGCCCUUCUGCAAUUCAUGGCACCAGACUAAUUAAGAAAAUUUUCAUGUUUCUGAUGUGCAGAUGUGGUUGAUAAUCUGAGCGUCUCCUGCUCUUUGAGCUUGACAUGAAACUUUUUAAAGUUUUAUUUUUAUGUAUUAACCUACUGAAAAAUGUCUCCAGCCUCACAUGAUUCUGUUAUGGAUUUUCUGUCACUGAAAUAAACUUUUGCAUUCUACACUUCACUUCACUUCAGUAAUCAGACUACUUCAAAGCCAUGGACUCCUAUGGCACAGUGAUAGUAUCCCUAGCUCUAUCCCAGAAGAUCCAGGUUCAAAUCUGACCUGCCUAGAGGUGCCAAAAUGUAUGGAGCAGGUUCAUUGAAAGUAACUACUGCAAGGCCAUCAAUGCAAAUGAAGUACUUAAACGGAACUAAACUCUGUCAUCAUGCCUGUCUUCGGAUGCUGCCUGAAUUGCUGUGCUCUUCCAGCACCACUGAUCCAGCAUCAUGACUUUUCCCCUAUUUUAAAGCUAAAAGAUAUUUCCAGAAACUAAAUGAUAUGCCCUUGACAUGAGAAAAUUCUGUCUUCACGUUUAUGGGAAACAGAAGAUACUGCUGUUAAGGAAUACUCAAAUUCAGCAUUUGUGAGUUUGUCAAGUUGGUGUUAUUUGUUUUUGUACCCUGACUAUCAGAAGAACAUUAGAUUACAAAGAUUCUUAAAUCUAAAUGAUAGAACGAGGUUCACCAUUUGAGUGCUUGCAAGAUGUUGACCUCUUAUCCCUGUUCCUGUUUGCUAAUUGGAGAGCAAGCAUCAAUGUAAUCGAAAAUAACAAUUGCACUGAAACUUAGCAAUCAACCUCCUGACAAAGGAGUGUUUCAUCUUUCUCAAAAAAAAAAUUCCUAGCCCAGAAGUGUUUUUUACUUCCAGGUAACAAGUUUUAAAUUUUAAAAAACAAACCCUAAUAGCACAUGUGUAGGAAAUGCCACUACAGGUUCCACAUUAAGAACUGUGCCUCCCAUUGCAGUGCUGUAGAAUGGGGUUGGAACAUAUGCUAGUGGCUUCUAGUGGCAGCAGGAUGGUACUGUCAAAUGGCUUGUUAAUGUUAAGUUUUUUUUUCCCCUUUUUCUUCUUAAAUCCUAGUGCCUAGUGAAAUAUGGUUUUGUAUUGUUUUGCAAGUGUAGCUCUAUUGAUACUACAGCAAGCAACUUUCUUUCAUUAUGAAAUGUUGGGGUUACAUCUUUUUCAGUGGUCUAUGGAUACAAGGAAAUAGGUAAAUUGUUUACUGUUGUACAGUUACAUAAGGUUUGGGAGGGUAUCGCAGGCUUUCAUAAAUGAGGAUCAAAUGUUAAGUCCCAUCUUGUGAGUGGAUCCCAAUCCAUGAGCAAUGAAAUAAAAGAAGUGUUAACUUGCUAAUCAUUUGUUAUUUAAAGAAAUGUAUACAUCUCCAAACAGAAUUUGCAAGUUCUACUUGUACAAGAUCUUUAUCCAGACACUGUAGCUUCAGAGCUUAAUAUCCAAAAAUGAUAAUAUGCCCACUGGUUGCGAAGUUAGCAUUUUCUCUAAUAUAGUAUCUUGAGGUAUUGUUUUUAUAACCAAUAUGUAUUUAUUGCAUGCAAACUCAUUGUUAAUGAUUUUACUCUAAUAGUAUUGUACACAGUUAAACAAAUUAUAAAACUCAAAUGCCCAGUAGAAAUUUUCAUUUCAAAAUAUUCAUUUGAUACAUUGUGUAUAAUAAAUAUAGUUUAUCUAAUACGUUGACAUAUAGGCUGUUGUCCUUUUCCUGCCUAAAUUAUCAGCCACAGAUGGGGAUCAAAACUUUUGAGAUUAGAGAACGUUAUUCUAAAUAGAUUUGUGCAUAUUCAGUCAUGUUGGAUUGUAAGGAACACAAUGCGUGUAUUUUGAGUUUUAGUAUUUGGCCAUUACUCAAGUCAAAUUAAUUGCUGCCAUUUAGUGACAACAUGAGUUAUUGUUCAUAUGUUCGUCACACAUUUGAAUCUCUCUCCACAAAUAAUUUAACAGUGGGUUUAUGAUUUGAAAUCCGAACUAAUUUCUGAAAAUGAUAGGCAUAUUUGUUUAUUUCUACUGUAACAAAGAUUCCAAUAUGAAGACCAGCUGAAAUAUAGACUUCCAGUGCAACUGUCCUUAAGUAAAUCUAUAGUUAUCCAGGAUCCUACUGUAUGCUACAGAAAUCUAAAUUCCUAUUCAAAACUGUUUGGGGAUUUCUUCUUUUGGAUGAAAUCUGCAGUAUUGCUUAGUAUUUAGUCCUUUCAAAGACAUUUAGAAAAUAUUGUAAACUCUUCCCCAAUUAUGUACACGUUUUAUUGAAAGCUAAGCCCCUUACCACUACUUGGACUCUUUCUCCUGGUAAUUUUUUUUUGUUUUGAUCUCAUGAUUCAACAUCUUUUUAAUAAAGGCUGUGUUUGUAAUGAAAGCUAAAAUAAGAAAUGGUUAUUAAUUCUGUAUUUUGUAUGUAAUAAAGUAUCCACCUAGUAAAUCA